UUCCCAGAAAAAAAAAAUGAUGGUGACCCGUUCGCGUCGGCUCGCCCCGCCACCAUGACCCAUAAGCGCCACGCCGCCACCGGCUUGCGCACGGGCGGCACCAUACUGCACGCGCUCUCCGCCGCCUCGGCCGCCCACCUGCACGCGCACGCCCUGAAGGUCGGCGUCCUCUUCACCUGCCUCCACCUCUGCUCGGGCUUGCUCAAAACCUACGCGUCCUCCGGCCGCAUCGCCGCCGCGCGGCAGCUGUUCGACGAAGCGCCUCGCCGGAACGUCCCGCUAUGGAACACGCUGGUGUCCGCCUACGCGCGCUGCGGCCACCCGCGCAGCGCGCUGGCCGCCGCGUCCGCCAUGGCGCGCGGCGGCGGCGGCGGCGCGGGGGCCCGGCCGAACGUCGUCACGGUGGCGAUCCUGAUGUCGGCGUGCGCGAAGCUGAGGAGGCCGGCGCCCGGGCGGGAGGUCCACGGGUACGCGGCCCGGAACGUGGCCGCGCUCGACCUCCACGCGCUCAACGCGCUGGUGCACAUGUACGGCAGGUGCGGGCGGCUCAGGGACGCGAGGACGGCGUUCGCCGGCAUCGGGGCCGGCGCGAGGAACGCCGUGUCGUGGACGGCCAUGAUCGACGCGUGCCGCGAGAACGGGCGCCCCGCGGAGGCGCUGGGGGUGUUCGAGGAGAUGCGUCGGCUCGCUGGCGCCGAGGUCGACGAGGCCGCCCUGCUCGCCGCCGUGUCGGCGUGCGCGAGCCUGGACUGCGCGGCGGGGCUAGGGGACUGGGUGGAGGCGUGCGCGGCGGAGAGCGGGUUCCUGCGGCGGGGGACGACGAGCGCCCGCGUCGCCAACGCGCUCAUACACAUGCACGGCAAGGCGGGGCAGGUGGAGAGGUCGUGCGCGAUAUUCGACUCGAUGGGCGCCGCGAGGAGGACGGUGGUCUCGUGGACGGCCAUGGUCCAGGCCCUGGCCACGAACGGGCACGCGGUGGCCGCGCUCGUCCGGUUCGCGCAGAUGCUCAGGGAAGGGUUCGUGCCCGACGAGGUGGCCUUCCUGAGCGCGAUCGGCGCCUGCGCCUGCGCGGGGCUGGUGAGCGAGGGGCGCCGGCUGUUCGAGUCCAUGGUGGAGGAGCACCGCAUCGCGCCGCAGAUGGAGCACUACGGCAGCAUGGUGGAGCUGCUGUGCAGGGCCGGGUCGUUGGCCGACGCGUUCGAGUUCGUCCUGGCCAUGCCCGUCGCGCCCGACCCUGUGAUCUGGCGUGCCCUGGCCGGCGCCUGCCGGGACCAUGGGGACGCCGGCUUGGCCAGGAGGGUGAUGGAUCAUGUGAUCGCGAUGGAGCCCCACCAUGCAGGGAACUACCUGCUGGCGUCCAACUUGUGCGCGGCGGAUGAGGACUGGGGACGUGUCGUGGAUGUUAGGCUGGAGAUGGGAGCCAGGAAAGCGACGAUCUCGAGGACUGCUAGUGGUGCCGUGUCUUCAGUUCAAGUCAACGGUGAGUGAUGACAGAGCUUGGCUUUUACGCAUCACCCGGUAGCUUUUCCAACCACGCUACUUCAAGUUCAAGAUGCCACUGCCACGUUGUUAAUGAAUUUUCUCACCUUGUCACCACGUCAUUCGCGUGCAUUUACAAGUGUUUAUAUUCUGUACUACUUGUCUAGGCCAGAAGAACCUGGCGAGAGAACUGAGUUUACUUGUCUAGUGCUGCCUAAGAUUCGUUUUUUUUUGGGUUUAAUCUCUUUUCCUAAACUGUUGACUGAGACGUUAAACCAGAUGUGGUAGGAAACCCCCAAAGUCAAAAGAUCUGGCGUCCAAAGCCGAGAAUGUUUUAUCAUUGGGCCCAGCGAGUGAUAAACGCUGAGGACCUGAGGUGAUGCAGCAGGGUCCAAAUGGCAGAUGGAUGUUCUGUCAAGCUUGACAAUGACAAAUGUUUUAUC